AUGUUAGGAGGUAUAGGAGUACAAUGGUUACGAAAUUUUUCAAAAAUGGCAAGAAAAUCAUUUCCAAAAACAGGAAGAGGAAAAUUUAACGUAGUCUCAUUUAAGGAUGCUCCUAGAUUAGAUGUUACUAUGCAGCGAGUAUUUACAAGACAACACAUGUUAAGAUUUGGAGCUGGUGCUGCAUUAGAUAAUACGAUCUUGAUGUUGGAAGCUCUAAAAUAUUCUAAAACAAGGAGAUUAGAUUCAAAAAAGAAAAAGCAACUUGAGGCUUUAAUAAAGGAACAUUUUGAAAUGGUUUUAAGUGAGGAUUCUACACUUGCUUCAUUCGAUAUUGUAUUUUUAAAAGCUGAAAUUCCACUUGUUUUUAACAACAUUAAAAUUUAUUGGCAAUGUAAGGGAGAUAAGACGGAUGAGUUAACACAAGAAGUGUUAGACUCAUCUGCUUAUAAUAUAUGGAAGAAAUUAUCAGAAAGUUUACAUAAUCCAGCACUACCAAGGAUAACUUUUGUUCCAAAUAGAGACCAUUUGUGGGUACAAGAAUUUGAAAGUAUUCUUAAAAAAGCAGAUUAUGGUAUUAAUUAUGUUAACAAGGAUAAAUUAUCAAAAGAUAAAUCAUAA